AGUUAAAAGAAAAACAACACAAUAUAACACAUUUAUUCUUAAAUCUUUUAUCGUUAUGAUACAAUCACUUGAAAACAUAAUUAAAAAAUUCAAUACUUGGAAAAAUAUUCAUCGCUGAAAUUUCAAAAUGGCAGCAACCAUUUGCAGGUCGUUCGCUAAAAAAGGACAUGUUGGCGUACUUGUGUCCCAAGUGCGGUUCAAGUUCAAGACCCAGAGACCUAGACAGCAGCCCGUGGAGCAGCGGGUCUUCAAGGAGAUCACAGAGCCACUGUACCCGGACAGGCAGGAGAGCCCUAGAAGUUCUUGCAAUGACAAACACUUACAGAGUCUACGGGAGGUCCAGCAAUCACAGGACCAAGCGGGCAACAUACAGGCCAGGUACGAGGCUUUCCUCUUGAAGCAGCUGAGAAAUCUACUGGAGACUAGCGGCACAAUACUUCUGUGUCAUCAGAUGCCCUGCACUGCCCUGCGUCUCAACGAGAUCAAGGUGGAUCUGAAGCUUGCAGGCUUGAAACUGUCCAGAGUGAGCAACACUCAAAUGAGGCAGUUGAUUAAAGGCACCAAGUUAGAGAACCUGGGUAACCUGUUGUACAGCCACACUUUGAUGAUCACAUCUCCCAAAGUGGUCAUCUUGGAACCAAUGAACAUCCUGAAGAAGGCAACUGAACUGCCACUACUAGGAGGCUUUGUGGGGGAUAGACUGGUUACCAAGGAUAUGAUGAUUGAGUACUGCAACAUGCCCAGUCUAGAUCAACUACUGGCUGAACUGGUGGCCAGUCUAAACCAAGUGGGUGGGGCAAAGACUCUGCGAUUAUUAAGUCAUCAUCAAGAGCAGCUUGCAACAAACUUGCAGCAAUAUCAAUCAGAACGGUCCAAGUCAUCAUCAUAGCAUUUCUAUGUUUUGUUGUAUAUAAUUUUGAUUUUUUAAUGAAGAAUAUACUUUUUGAACCUCUUAAAA